GACCCGUGUGGGUGUGGGAGGGGGGGUUUUCUACGGCGCUCGGCAGCAGAGCCGGCGCAGUCGAGCGGCUUGACGAGCAACAGCGAUGGCGUCGUCCCGGUGGCUCUUGGUGUGCGGCGCGGUCUUGCUCGGGGUCGCCCUGGCGGCGGGGCAGCGGGCGUUGGGGGCGCCCAUCGAGGCCUCCGCCAACGACGAAGGGGUGCAGCGGGCCCUCCAGUUCGCGAUCAACGAAUAUAACCGAGCCAGCAACGACAAGUACGUCGGUCGCGUGUCCAGGAUCAUCAACGUGAGGAAGCAAAUUGUUUCUGGUGUCAAUUAUUUUCUGGAUGUUGAAGUUGGACGAACAACUUGCACCAAACCAGCUAGUGACAUUGAGAACUGUGCCUUCCAUGAAGCGCCAGCUCUGGCACAGCAAGUGACUUGCAACUUUGUGGUGUAUCACGUUCCUUGGUUAAACCAUAUCACCCUGAAGAAAAACAACUGCCACUAAGCUUCCAUUGGCUUUGGAACAGGGCAUCAAGCUGAUGAUGAUGUCUUCCAUAUCCAAGAAGAGCAAUAAUCCAGCUGGCUUCUCAAGCAAGAAUUCUUACUGCUAACAAAAACAAAAUGCUUUUAUAUUCCUUUUCAAAGCAAGUAGAUUGAUGCAGUCUUUCUGUUUAUUUUUCUUUCUCAUCAUGAUAGAUUAGAAGAGGAAAACUUACAUGAAUUUUAUCUUGUCAAGGACUGAGGUUUUUAAAGAUCUGUUUCCUGUUAAUAUUACCAAGAAUAAAAUACCUUAAUUCAGCA